CCUCUUUUAGUCAGAGAUCGAUCAAACAUAAAUAAUGUUAAUGCAAAUAUGAUGCUUUACAAGUUGCAGUGUUGUGCAUUAUUGUCAAAAGAACAGGCAUAUAAAGUCACAUUGUUAAAAUGCAUAACAGACUUUCUUGCAAUGUUAUUGUUGAUAUAUGGAUUUUCAAUUGGCAAAGAAGCAAUACAUGGAACAGAACAACAAACUGAAAUACAUUUUCUUCUCAUAGAUGCAUUGGCAGCUGUUAGUUCAUUUUUACUUACAAUUCUUACUUGUGUUUCAUUGAUAUCGUCAUGUCUUGUAGGUUUUGGAAUUUGCCUAUUAUUUGGUAUGAUUCACUGUACACUGUUCCUCCUAACUAUUUUUGUAUUUGGGGUAACUUAUAUGACUCCACCAUCACACUAUAUUGUUUCCAUUUUUAUAGCAGUGUCGGUAAUAUACGCGGGCUUUCUGUGCGCUACUAACCUCAUCUUGGUUAUGUUUUAUUUUACAUAUAGGGAGCGAUUGAUAAGAAAACAGAAUUGUCAAGGCUCAUCUCCAAAGAUUUCAAUUUCUUCGAGUGAAACUAAUUUUUCAGGUGUUGCUAUAACGCGAAUUUAACUACGUCAUCGUACUUUGCAAAGGAAUUUUUACAAGCUAGUUAUCUAUACCGUACGUCAGUGAUAUUAAUGAGUCCUUUAUUAAACUUUUUUUGUACCUAAUUUUUCAUUUUUUUUAUCACUCUUCAAAAUUGUAAUAACUGCUCUAGACACAUAUGAUUAGUAGGAAUUAAUCUCAAUUUCUAAUAAAUGUACAGUUAUCAUAUUAUAAUCCGAAAGUAUUGACGUAUUUUAGUUGUGUAACUUUUCUGCAACAACUUUUUAAAAUAUGUGAUAUUAUUUCUCUCCAAAAUGACCGCUGUUUAGGGGAAAUAAUGUAAUGUUGAUUGAAAUGUGCUUGACGUGUAAUGUUUUUCUGCUUUUUGUGAAGAUAUUAGUUUGAAUAAAGGCUGAUCGGGUGUAAAGUUAAAUAAAA